AUGAAGAUCACGGCGUUACUCGUGCUGAAAUGUCACCCGAUUCCAGACGGUUCUGAUCCAGUGAUUCUAGCGAACGCGAUGGACGUGAGUCAUUUUGGGUAUUUCCAGAGGGUCACCGUCCGGCAGUUCAUCGUGUUUGUUGGUAGGACCGUCGCCAAACGAACCCCGCCUGACCAACGCCACUCCGUCCAACACGAAGAGUACAAGGUGCAUUCAUAUAACAGAAACGGUCUCUGUGUGGUGGGCUUCAUGGAUGAUCACUAUCCAGUUAGGAGCGCCUUCUCUGUGCUGAAUCAGGUUAUAGAUGAGUACCAAAAGAAGCAUGGAAAUUCAUGGCACAACAUACAAGCAGAUAUCACUGAUCAAUGGCCAUAUCUUAAUGAUGCUUUAACCAGGUUUCAGGAUCCUGCUCAGGCUGACAAGCUGUUGAAAAUUCAAAGGGAAUUGGAUGAAACCAAAAUUAUCCUUCAUAAAACCAUUGAUAGUGUCCUUGAAAGAGGUGAAAAGCUGGAUAGCUUAGUUGAGAAGAGUUCAGAUCUUAGUGCAGCUUCACAGAUGUUCUAUAAGCAAGCAAAGAAAUCCAAUCAAUGUUGUACUAUUUUGUGAAAGCUGCAUAAAGUUUUUACAGACUAUAUAUGAUUCACCAAAGAUAUGAAUUUUCGGGGAUUUAUACAUGCUUUAGAUAGACAAAAAGGCGCAUGCUUGUGCUCAUUCUUGUUUGUUAUUUUCAUGUAUCUAAUUUGGUUUUUAUUGUUAUUUAGAGUAUUGUCUUGUAACUAAGAGAGAACUAAAGAUGAUUUAUCACACAAGUAAUUAAACAUGAUG